CGCACUCCUCCCUCCAAAGGUUUCCGUUCUCCAGCUGGGAAAAGGAACGACGAGGAGGAAAAAGAAGGAAGGCGGGAGAUGGCAAACGCAGAAUAAAUUGUCCAUCUCGUCCGGGUAGCGAAACCGAGGGAGGGGACAGGCCGAGGGGCGGCGAAGAGGGAGCUGCCCAUUAAAACCAGCUCUGAGAGCCUCGGCGGCGGCGGCGGCGGCGGCGCGGGACGCGUCACAUCCCCUUGACCCUCCAAUCACCUCGGGCUCCCAUUUGAUUGGAAGGCGGCAAAGGCUUUAAUCUCCCCCUCGGUGCAGCUGCUUUUGAAGUGAGUUUCCUCCCAGAGCCCGGGCUGGCCAGGCAGCGGCUCGCACCGCGGAGCGCAGCGCCGGCUGGGGCCGGGAGAGCGCGGCGCCGGGCGCAGCCCCCGCGGACCGCGCAGCGCGGGACCCCCGCGGCCAGCAGCGCCUCCGGCCCGCCGCGGCUCCGCCGAGGGCCGCCCAGGAUUACCGGCUUCUGGCUCCCGGCGCCGAGCAGGCGCGGGGCUCCCGCGGCCGCCGCGCCGGCUCCUCCUCCAGCUGCUCCCGCUCCCCGGGCGAGCGCGCAGCCCCGAGCCCGCCCCGCGCGCCCCGGAGCCCUCCCCCCGCUGCUCCCAUGCGCGCGGGUGGGUCAUGAGCACAGCGCCCUCGCUUUCUGCCCUAAGAAGCAGUAAGCACAGCGGCGGCGGCGGCGGCGGCGGCGGCGGCGCGGACCCUGCCUGGACCAGCGCGCUCUCUGGAAACUGCUCCGGCCCCGGCCCAGGCUCGUCCCCGGCCGGCAGCACCAAGCCUUUCGUGCACGCCGUGCCCCCCUCCGACCCUCUGCGCCAGGCGAACCGCCUGCCCAUCAAGGUGCUGAAGAUGCUGACGGCACGGACUGGCCACAUUUUGCACCCAGAGUAUCUGCAGCCUCUGCCUUCCACGCCCGUCAGCCCCAUCGAGCUGGACGCCAAGAAGAGCCCCCUGGCCCUGCUGGCUCAGACGUGCUCGCAGAUCGGCAAGCCCGACCCUUCGCCCUCGUCCAAACUCUCCUCGGUCGCCUCCGCCGGGGGCGGCGCGGGGGGCGCCGGCGGCGGCGCCGGGGGCGACAAGGACGCCAAGUCGGGCCCCCUGAAGCUGAGCGACAUCGGCGUGGAGGACAAGUCUAGCUUCAAGCCUUACUCCAAGCCCGGCUCGGAUAAGAAGGAGCCGGGGGGCGGCGGCGGCGGCGGCGGCGGCGGCGGGGGCGUGCUGGGCUCGGGCCUGGUGGCGCCGGUGUCGCCCUACAAGCCGGGCCAGACGGUGUUCCCGCUGCCCCCCGCGGGCAUGAGCUACCCGGGCAGCCUGGCGGGCGCCUACGCCGGCUACCCGCCGCAGUUCCUGCCGCACGGCGUGGCGCUCGACCCCACCAAGCCCGGGAGCCUGGUGGGCGCGCAGCUGGCGGCGGCCGCGGCCGGCUCGCUGGGCUGCAGCAAGCCGGCGGGGUCCAGCCCGCUGGCCGGCGCGUCGCCGCCGUCCGUGGUGACGGCCAGCCUGUGCCGGGACCCCUACUGCCUCAGCUACCACUGCGCCAGCCACCUGGCGGGGGCCGCGGCCGCCGGCGCCUCGUGCGCGCACGACCCGGCCGCCGCGCUCAAGUCAGGGUACCCGCUGGUGUACCCCGCGCACCCGCUGCACGGCGUGCACUCGUCGCUGACGGCCGCCGCGGCCGCGGGCGCCACGCCGCCCUCGCUGGCCGGCCACCCCCUCUACCCCUACGGCUUCAUGCUCCCCAACGACCCGCUCCCGCACAUCUGCAACUGGGUGUCGGCCAACGGGCCGUGCGACAAGCGCUUCGCCACGUCCGAGGAGCUGCUGAGCCACUUGCGGACCCACACGGCCUUCCCCGGGACGGACAAACUGCUGUCGGGCUACCCCAGCUCCUCGUCCCUCGCCAGCGCCGCCGCGGCGGCCAUGGCGUGCCACAUGCACAUCCCUACGUCGGGCGCGCCCGGCAGCCCGGGCGCCCUGGCGCUGCGCAGCCCCCACCACGCGCUGGGACUCAGCAGCCGCUACCACCCCUACUCCAAGAGCCCGCUCCCCACGCCCGGCGCCCCGGUGCCCGUGCCCGCCGCCACCGGACCCUACUACUCCCCCUACGCCCUGUACGGACAGAGACUGACCACGGCCUCGGCGCUCGGGUACCAGUGAGGGCGGCCCGAGGCGUCCCGAGGGCCAGAGAGGAGCCGCCGGGGGAGGGGAGGAGCCGGGCAGGGGCAGGAGCCCGGCAGGGGCAGGAGCCCGGC